AUGAACGGCAGUUUCCAUUUCCGGUUCGCAGAGAUUUCUUCUCCCCUCGUUUCUAAUUUCAAGUUCUUUCCGUUCACGGAUGGAUUUCAUCAAAGGGGAAGAAAAAGAGGGGUUCUUCAAAAGCAUAUUGUGCUUAAUAUGGAUGAGUCAGUUCAAUCAAAAAACUAUGAUUACAACACCAGAUGUACCCCAUCAAAAUUUUUUGAUUUUAUCAAUCAAAUUAAUUUAAAAGAUGAACAUAAAAAAGCAAUUUCAACCACUCCUUUUAAGGAAUUUUUACGUUUUCCAAGGUUAGCAGUUCAACGCACAUUUUUAAAUACUAUUAUACGUAGAUGGGAUAACGAAACUAAAAGUUUCAUCAUUGGAGGAAAUAAGCUAUUUAUUAAACCCCAAGACAUUGCUUUGAUAUUGGGGUUGAGUAUGAAUGGAGAGUAUUUAGAUAUGAAUAAGAAACUAGAUGUUUGCGAUGAAAAUUUUAAAAAUAAAUAUUUUCCGAACGCUCUUAUAUUGAGAAAUUUGAUUGAGGAGAAUAUUAAGAGGUGGAUGGAAGAAACUUUGGAUGAAUGUUUAGCCGACUUUACUAAACUCUUUAUUUUGUAUAUAUUUAAUACAAUUUUAUUUCCAACCUCAAAUCAUGCCACACCAAAAAUCUUUUUGCACUAUGUGAAUAACCUGGAAAAGUUGAAUAGUUAUGAUUGGGCUACUGCUAUUUAUGAGUUCUUGGUUAAAAGUAUUUCUAAAUGUGUGGAGGAGAAGAAGAGCUAUGUGAACGGAUGUGUCAUGAUACUAGAACCAUGGUUACAAGAGCACAUCAUUCAUCAGCCAAUGUUAACAACAAAAAUGGUAUAUCCACGUUUAUUGAGAUGGGUAGAAGGUGGUUACCAGCAUGCUGACACACAUAAGAACUAUAUUGAUAAUCUCAUCUACACUCAGGUUAUUGAAGAAAUAAAGCCUACGUAUGAAGAGAGAAAUCUACUACCUCCCCCUGAUACAUCAAACACUAUAGAAGAAAUGUGCCGUCAUUUGGAACCUAAAUUGGUCAACAUGUUAGAGAAAAUUGCAUCAAAUAUCACCCAAGAAACAUGUAGUCGUUUGGAGCCUAUAUUUUUACAAAAUAAAGACAAAAAUGUGAUAUCAAGUGCAGUCAACGAAACGUGCAGACAAUUUGAACCUAAAUUUUUGAACAUUAUAGAGAAUUUAAUGAUACAAAAUAAGAAAAAUGAAGAUAAUAGUGAGUACAGAGAAUUGCUGAUGGAAAACAAAGAGUUAAGAGAUAAGAUAGUUGAUAAAGAAAUAAUCAUACAACGGUUGUCUGAUGAAGUGAAAGAAUUAAAGAGAAACCGCGAUUGGGAAGCUACAUCAUGUGAGAUAAUCAAGGACAUGCAAGUAAAUUCUAACAUACCACAAGUUUCUACUCCCUUUCAUGCGAAUACGAAGAUAAAAGAGACUUUUGUUACAAAUCAAAACUCUUUAGUAAAGCGUGUCAAAGAGCAGGGUAGGAAAAGGGUUCCUUCAAAAGUUUUACAAUCUCCAUACACUGAAUGUAAAACCAAAGGUAAAAGUAUAUGUGAAACUCCUGGAAUCCAAUCACGUAUGGAAAAGAGUAAUGAGUAUAUGUUAUCCCAAGAAGAACUGAAUGCAAUUACAACUCUUAAAGCUCAGAAUAAAAUCAAGGAUGAAACAUUUGGCCCACUUCGUGUCGAAAGGAGAUCCUUAGAGUCAUUAUUGAAUCCAAUGAAAUGGGUAGAUGAUGAGGUUAUAUCCAAGUAUACCGAAUUGAUGGCUAUUCGAGAAAAUAGUGGUGGGCAUAAUUUGUUAAAAUGCCACUUCUUCAACGCAUGGUUUCAUAAAUAUGUGUGUACAACGAGAAUUAUAGCGAAAGGAGACAGGAAAAUUGAAGAUAUAUAUUAUGAUGGUAAUGAUGAAAAAAUUGAAUGUAUUAUGAGGAAGAUUCCUUACGAGCUAAAGAAUAAAGAAAAAAUUAUGAUCCCACUGAAUGAAAUGUCCCAUUGGUACCUGCUUGUCAUUGACUUAAAGAGAAAAAUAUUUUCAAUUUAUAACUCUCUCAAAGGUCACCAAACAUCAACCUACAUCAAUACGAUGGUUUCACGUUUGAAGAUCCAUUUAUUAAAAAGUUGUGAAAUAGAAUGUGAUGGAUUUACUGUCUCUAUAGACCAAGAAUGUCCCCAGCAACCAAAUUCGUUUGACUGUGGUGUCUACUUAAUGAAAUUUAUGGAAUGUCUUUCCCGAGGAGAUAUAUUUGAUUUCAACUCGGGGCCAAUGAAUUUUGAACGAAAAAAGUUGGUUGCACAACUGAUGUUGGGUAAAAUGAUUACACCACAAAAUGUGAAAUGUAAAGGUAUGAAACAUACUUACAAUCAUGAAAAUCUUUUUAAUGGAAGUUCCACCUCUGAUUUAAAGCAUCAUGAAUUCGUACUUGCUAAUUUCCAAGAUUUCAAAAUCCUUGUCAUCACGGCCAAUCAUAAUAGGGCUAUGCUUAAGCUUAAGACUCCUCCCUUUGCAAAUACAUCCACUCUUGGUCCCUUUGUUUUUGCCUGA